AUGGGAAAAGUUCACGGUUCGCUCGCUCGUGCCGGUAAAGUCCGAGGUCAAACUCCGAAGGUUGCCAAACAAGAAACGAAGAAACGCCCAAAGGGAAGAGCGGGCAAGCGCAUCGUUUACAACAGAAGAUUUGUCAACGUCGUCGUCGGUCCGGGCAAGAAGAAGUCGCCGAACUCCAACGCCGCUUAA